AUGUGUGGCAGCUACUAUGGAGGCUGUGGCUAUGGACGCUGUGGCUAUGGAGGCUGUGGCUACGGAGGCCUGGGCUGUGGCUAUGGCUCCACCUAUGGCUGUGGCUUCCGCAGACUGGGCUGUGGCUAUGGCUGUGGCUCUGGCUGUGGCUACGGCUAUGGGUCCCGCUCCCUCUGUGGCUGUGGCUAUGGCUGUGGCUCUGGCUGUGGCUAUGGCUAUGGCUCCCGCUCCUUCUGUGGCUACGGAUGUGGCUCUGGCUGCAGCUCUGGUUUUGGCUGCUACUAA